AUGCCGUAUUUUACCUUCAAGGGCCUUAUCAUGAAGGUGGAUGCCUUCAAUAAUAUCCAGGCUGACACGGUCUACCGGGGUCUCCAGCCGAAACACCACAUGACACAAGUUAUGGACUUUUUCAGUCUCCCGGCGGUCUACGUGGUCUGUGCGGUGAUCGAGGUAAGCAAAUCUGAUAGGAUGCCUGUUCCAGUACCCAUUUCAUCAGCCCUCAAUCGGGGGACAUUGUGA